AAGAGUCAUUGUAGAAUGUUGAUGAAAAACACUACAUAUUACCACGGAUGGUUGAUCGUCACGAGUUGUAUCCGUGCCAAGCGGAAUGAAGGUUUGGAUACGAAGUUAUCCAGUUCGGAUAUGUUCUUAAUUCGACGAAAGAUGUUUCGUGGAAUCAUCAAGUACGUAGCUUUCUUUGGAGUACUCGUUGGAAUAGCAAUCAUAACAAGAGUUUUGGAACAAGUUGUUGAAAAAGCCAGUCCUAAAGCUCCUAAAACCAACGAGAACGAUGACCAACUGGUGAGGAGAGAUCUAACAAACACAGAUUCACCAUCUUCGCCUCUUAAAAAUACAGCUCAAGCAAAAUUAGAAAUAACUGUCGAGCAGCCUAAAACCGGAGAAAAGAAAAUUGUUAAGAAAUUAUCCCUGAAGACAAUCGUUUACGCCGUAACACCAACGUAUGCACGUUUCCUUCAAAAAGCUGAACUGACUCGCCUGUCACAAACUUUAAAACACGUCAAAGAUUUUCACUGGAUAGUUGUAGAGGACUCAUAUCAAAAGACACCCCUCGUCACAAGAUUUUUAGCUAAUUCUGGUCUUAAUUACACUCAUCUAAAUAUACGAACCCCGGUAGAGUUGCGCCCAUUAAAAAAUAAACCACGAUGGACUAAGGCCAGAGGAGUAGAACAAAGGAACAUAGCAAUUAAAUGGUUACGUGAUAACAUAAACAUCAAUAAAACUAACGGUGUGGUCUACUUCGCUGAUGAUGAUAACACUUACGACAUCAGGCUAUUUGAGGAGAUGCGUGAUAUCAAGAAAAUUGGGGUAUGGCCUGUAGCAUUCACUGGUGCCGCGAGAUACGCAGGUCCCCUCUGCAAAGACGGCCGUGUCGUCGGUUUUUACACAAACUGGCGACCAAGUAGAACGUUUCCACUUGACAUGGCAGCUUUUGCCAUAAACGUAAAAAGGCUCAUUGUGGAUAAACCAAAAGCUCACUUUGAUGCUGAUGCUAAACCGGGAGACCUGGAGAACUCUUUCCUGGAACAGGUUGGAACAAGGGAGGAUUUGGAGGCUAGAGCGUCGAAUUGUUCAAAGGUUUAUGUGUGGCACACUAGAACGGAAACACCAAUCAAGAAUAUAAAUGGCGAAAAACUGCUCAUCUCCAAAGGAAAGCCUUCUAACCCAGAGGUGGAAACAUAGCAGAGCUGCAUCCAGUUAUCAAAUUAUUGAAGUAAUUAAUGAAACUAAAUUUGACGAGGAGAUUUUCAAAUCUCCGAUUCAAACGUGCAGCGUCAAUGUCAUGCGCCAAGUGCCUUGGUCAUGCAAACAGCCAAAAUGAGAGAUGGAAAAAAAGGACACGGGUGACGGUAAUUUUUCCUCUCUGUUUUGAUCGGUACGUGUUAGGGCGAAAAAAAAGAUCCAAAAUAUGGCGAAACAGAAGUUAUUCAUACUGAAAAGAUCAGAAUACGUAUGUGAUGUCGUUGUCCACAAAGUAGCUUGUCGGUUCCAACAUUUGGAAUCGUAAAUACCAAAACACUUAGAGAUUAUCUUCAUAUUUCAAAUUCUUCAAAUUUAUAGUUGUGUACCUUGCCUUUACUGCAAUCUCAAGAAAAGAUUUGCAGACAAGUGCUAAGUAUUUUUUCUCUCUGUUCUAAAACAUAACAACUGAGACGGUCGCAGAAUGGCAAGUCACGAAAGAGUCAGCACUGAACCACAUUUGAUGGUAGAAAACUCGUAUUUAAUGCUCCACAUAAUAUUAUGUGAACGCAUUAUUUACUCUCAUAUCUUAGACACUUAAGGUAAAGCAUGUUCCAGAAGCCACAAAAAUUUUAAUCUCCGCCCUUUAAAAGCAAAACCGAUCCAAAAGUCUCUAAAUCAGCCCAGAAACUCACAUUAAGUAAAAGAAAACAAAUACAGAAGCGACGUAACACUGUUUUAUUUAUAGCCAAUACAAUUUUUUAGAUUAAAAAUGCGAUUUUUUAUUCCUGUACAAAUCCUUACAUUUGGCCCGUUUCAAAACAUAAAAAUGUUUGCAUAUUUACGGAGUCUCAUUAUGCAAGCUUGAGCUACCUGUGCAAUGAACAGAGUGACAGUUGUUUGUGACCUGAGCGUUGUGGUUUUGCGUAGGCAGACAAAUAUUUAGUUACUUUCAAAGUUGAAUUUUUUUUUUUUUUUGCGCAUUUAAACUGUUAGGAUAUCAUUUGAAACAUUAACACGCUGUAAGAAGUAAAUUGUAACAUACACUUUGUAAUGGCGGAGAUUUUAAUCAUAUGGUUUGGGGAGCAUACUUCUUCUCAAAGGCCUUUUCAGAAUUUCUCCUGUUUCCAAGACAUGUCAUUUUCACUGCUCGCGGUGAAAUCAUUAUUUAUAUAUUUCGGAUGAAAAAUGAUUUCUUCAUGAUAGCCGGGUACAUCAACACGGCCUAUGUGUUUUUAUGAAGAUUCUUUAACCUAACGAUGUCAUUAUCGUUUAGAUUUUCUUUUUUAUGAUAGAGAAUAAUUCUUUUAGAGAGAAGUAGACUAUUUUUUGUUUAAAGUUUUAAAAAAAGAAACCUUUCUGUGAGCUUCAGGUGCUUUAAGAUUGUCUUUUAUACGAUAUCAAAUACUUCUUUGUUAAUAUCUGUAAUUUAGAUGGACCAUAACUUGUCGAUGAAGAUGCGAGUCUGUCUCAUCGUGUUUAUCAUCUUCGUUCAUUAAAGAUAGCAUCAAGACAGCAAA